UAGAGCCGCAGGUCACAGCUAAGAAAAACUGGCCCCUGAAAGUUAAAUGACUGGCCUGAAGAAAGUCAGCAGGAAAGCAUCAGGCUCCGGAUUGGACCUGGCAGCACUCCGCAGAGUCUGCCUCGGUCUUUCCUCUGCCCAGCCUCCCGGGGGGCCUGCCUCCUAACAGGCACCAUCUUCCUCAAGCCCGAUGGGCAUGGAGCUCCCCCUUCCUUGUUCCUUUGCAGGCCGGCUGGCCCUGGCUUUCCUCUGCUCCCUCGGGCCAUGCUCCAGGCCAGCUGAGGCCAGUUCCCAGCACCGGCUCACGGCCUCCCCGCCCCCAACUCUUCAGGGCCUAUUAGGGGCCCACACGCCUGGGGAGAGACUCUGCUUUCUCUUCAAGGGCUUGGAAAGUGGGCUGGAGGGACCUUUAGUCCCAUCCUGGGCUGGGCAGGGUGGGGGCGCUCCGAUUUGCCGGCCUUCACGGCUCCAGCUCCAUGUUCCUUGGCCUGGGAGCUCGGGGGCCCAUCCCCACCUCCCCGGCCACUCGGAGCACUUUCCCAGCCCAGCGGCCCACGUGACCAGCCCCUCUCACUUCCUCCCUUCGGGGCCCCUCUGCCUGCUGAGCCCAGGGCCCUGCCCCCUGCCCAGACUCACCCCCCAGGCCAGUUCUGAGCCCAGGAUCGGAGACAUGGGUUAGGACCAGUCAGCCAAGGGAGGCAUGGCAUGUGGGGCCAAGCCUGGGCGUGCUGGGGGUGGAUGGCGAGGUGAGCAGAGUCCAGGGAAGAAAUGUAGAGGCGUCUCUGGAGAAAGGAGGAGGAGCCCCGGAGCCGCAGCUCUUGGUCUUGACCGAGUGCUUAGCCCGUGCCCACCCCUACCCUACCCUACCCUAAAUUCUUUAGCUACGUGGUCUCGUGUAAUCCUCACUGCAAAUCCAUAAAACAGCUCUCAUGAUCCCCGGCUUAAAACAGGGAAACUGAGACACAGGGAUGUUUAGAGGCCUAAGGGCACAUGCAACUGGCUGAGCAGGGAUUUGAACCCAGCUCGGUUUGCUUCUCCUGUGAACAGGGUCUCCUUUCAGGAUCAUGAGGAGAGACGUCGCCCCCAUGGGCUCCCGGCUUCCUGCUCUCCCGGGGCGCUCUCCUGCCCCUCUGAGCCAGAGCUGGGGUCAAGAUGGGGCCGAGGCCCUGGGGUCGAUGAGGUGCCCAUCAGGGAAGCAGGCGCCAAGGGGCAGGAUGACAGACACCAGAAGCCCUCCCUGAACAAAGAGCGGGUGGGAGGCGGCCUGGAGCGUCCCCACCCCGCCUCUCCCAGCGCCUGCUGAACCGAGACCACAGACAGAGAGGCGGGGAGAGCAUGGCCGGGGCCACGGCCGCUCUGCUGCCCCUCGUCCUGCAGCUCAUGGGCCUGGCGCUGGCCCCGGGGAUGGGCAGAGGGAGCGUUGUCCCCAGGGAGACCCCAGGUCUUGCUGACAGCCGUGACUACCAGCCACAGGCACUGGCCUACUCCUCAGCCCCAGCCAGGGCCCCCCAGGAGCUGUGGCGCCCCCUGGAGGAGCGGCUGGGAAGGCUGGAGGCUGAGGUGACCCAGCUCAGAGAACAGAACCAAGUCCUGCAGGGGAGGGUGAGGCAGCUGGAGUCCUGUGAAUGCCACCCGGCUUCUCCCCAGUGCUGGGGGCUGGGCCGGGCCUGGCCCGAGGGGGCGCGCUGGGAGCCUGACGCCUGCACAGCCUGUGUCUGCCAGGAUGGGGCUGCACGCUGCGACCCCAAGCCCGGCCUGCCCCGCUGCCAUGGCUGCAGCCACAAUGGUCAGACCUACGGCAAUGGGGAGACCUUCUCCACAGAUGCCUGUACCACCUGCCGCUGCCUGGAAGGAGCUGUAACCUGCUCCCAGAAGCCAUGCCCAAGGGGACCCUGCCUGGAGCCAGGAGCAUGCUGCCCGCACUGUGAGCCAGGCUGCCCUGGAGGCCACAGGGCUGGGGAAACUUGGCAACCAGAGCCUUGUGUCAUCUGCAGCUGCCAGGCAGGGACCGUGCGGUGCCAGGGGCCCUCAUGCUCAGAGCUCAACUGCCUGGAGAGCUACACCCCACCUGGGGAGUGCUGCCCCGUCUGCCGGCCAGGCUGUGAGUAUGAGGGGCAGCUGUAUGAGGAGGGGGCCAACUUCCCGUCCAGCUCCAACCCUUGUCUCCAGUGCUCCUGCCUGACGAGCCUGGUUCGCUGUGUGCCCAUGAAGUGCCCGCCCGUCCCCUGCCCGGAACCAGUCCUGAGGCCUGGGCACUGCUGUCCCACCUGCCAAGGCUGCACGGAAGGUGGUUCUCACCAGGAGCAUGGCCAAGAGUGGACCACACCUGGGGACCCCUGCCGGAUCUGCCAGUGCCUGGAAGGCCACAUCCGGUGCCGCCAGCACGAAUGUGCCAGCCUAUGCCCGUACCCUGCCCGGCCCCUCCCGGGCACCUGCUGCCCCGUGUGUGAUGGCUGCUUCCUAAACGGGCAGGAGUACCGCAGCGGGGAGCCCGUGGGCUCUGGGGACCCCUGCUCGCACUGCCGUUGUGCCAACGGGAGUGUCCAGUGUGAGCCUCUGCCCUGCCCAGCCACGCCCUGCAGAUACCCAGGCAGGAUCCCUGGGAAGUGCUGCCCAGUCUGUGAUGGCUGUGAGUACCAGGGACACCAGUAUCAGAGCCAGGAGACCUUCAGACUCCAAGAGAGUGGCCGAUGUGUCCACUGCACCUGUCAGGCCGGCGAGGUCUCCUGUGAGGAGCGGGAGUGCCCAGUGGCCCCCUGUGCCCUGCCUGACUCUGGCCCUCAGCUCUGCCCAGCCUGCGUGCUUGAUGGCGAGGAGUUUGCCGAGGGGGUCCAGUGGGAGCCUGAUGGUCAGCCCUGCAUGGCCUGCUCCUGUCAGGCUGGGGUGCCCAUGUGCAGGGCUUUGCUCUGCUCCCCAGCCCCCUGCCAGCACCCUACCCGGCCCCUUGGCGCCUGCUGCCCCAGCUGUGAGAGCUGCACCUACCAUGGCCAAGUAUAUGCCAAUGGGCAGAACUUCACAGAUGCAGAUAGUCCUUGCCACGCGUGCCGCUGCGAGGAUGGGACCGUCACGUGCUCCUUGGUCAACUGCCCUCCCACAACCUGUGCCAGGCCCCAGAGAGGACCCGGCCAGUGCUGCCCCAGGUGCCCAGACUGUGUCCUGGAGAAACAAGUGUUUGUGGAUGGGGAGCGCUUCUCCCACCCCCGAGACCCCUGCCAGGAAUGCCAGUGUCAGGAAGGCCAGGCCCACUGUCAACCUCGGGUCUGCCCCACGGCCUCCUGUGCCCACCCUCUGCCUGGUCCCUGUUGCCAGCACAACUGCAAUGGCUGUGCCUUUGGUGGGAAGGAGUACCCCAAUGGAGCAGACUUCCCCCACCCCUCUGACCCCUGCCGCCUGUGUCGCUGUCUGAGUGGCAAUGUGCAGUGCCUGGCCCGCCGCUGCCCGCCCUUGCUGUGUCCAGAGCCAGCCAUGCUGCCAGGAAAGUGCUGCCCACAGUGCCCGGCCACCCCUUCCAGCUGCCCUCGGCCCGGGAGCAAGGUCCCUGCCCACCACCAGGAGCACUUCUCCCCACCCGACGACCCCUGCCACCUCUGCCUCUGCCUGGAUGGCUCUGUGUCCUGCCAGCGGCUGCCCUGCCCACCUGUGCCCUGCACCCACCCACGCCAAGGGCCCUGCUGCCCCUCCUGCGAUGGCUGCCAGUACCAGGGGAAGGAGUUCACCAGCGGGGAGCGCUUCCCUUCGCCCACUGCCAGGUGCCACGUCUGUCUCUGCUGGGAGGGUAGUGUCCGCUGCGAGCCCAGGGUCUGUGCCCCUGCACAGUGCCCCUUCCCUGCUAGGGGUGACUGCUGUCCUACCUGUGAUGGCUGUGAGUACCUGGGAGAGUCCUACCUGAGCAGCCAGGAGUUCCCAGAUCCCCGAGAGUCCUGCAGUCGGUGCACCUGCCUUGGGGGCUUCGUGACCUGUGGCCGCCGGCCCUGUGAGCCUCUGGGCUGCAGCCAUCCACUCACCCUGCCUGGGCACUGUUGCCCAACCUGCCAGGGAUGCCUCUAUCAUGGGGUCACUGCUGCCCCCGGAGAGACCCUUCCUGACCCACUUGACCCCACCUGCUCCCUCUGCACCUGCCAGGAAGGUUCCAUGAGCUGCCGGAAGAAGCCGUGUCCCCCAGCUCUCUGCCCGCAUCCCUCUCCAGGCCCCUGCUUCUGCCCCGUUUGCCACAGCUGCCUCUCUCACGGCCGGGAGCACCAGGACGGGGAGACGUUUGAGGGGCCCCCAGGCAGCUGUGAGCGGUGUCGCUGUCAGGCCGGCCAGGUCAGCUGUGCACGGCUGCCAUGCCCGCCCCUGCCCUGCCCGCUCCAGGUGACAGAGCAAGGGAGCUGCUGUCCCCGCUGCAGAGGCUGCUUGGUUCGCGGGGAGGAGCACCCUGAAGGCAGUAGCUGGGAGCCCCCCGACAGCCCCUGCUCCUCCUGCAUGUGUCACGAGGGAGUCAUCACCUGCGCCCGCAUCCAGUGCGUCACCUCCUGUGCCCAGCCCCGCCAGGGGCCCAGUGACUGCUGCCCUCGAUGCUCUGACUGUGAACACAAGGGUCGGAAGUAUGAGCCUGGGGAGAGCUUCCAGCCUGGGGCCGACCCCUGUGAAGUGUGCAUCUGUGAGCUGCAGCCUGAAGGGCCUCCCAGCGUUCGCUGUCACCGGCGGCAAUGUCCCAGCCUGGUGGGCUGCCCCGCCAGCCAGCUCCUGCCCCCUGGGCCCCAGCACUGCUGCCCCACCUGUGCCCAGGCGCUGAGUCACUGCACAGAGGGUCUGCUGGGGUCUGAGCUGGCCCUACCAGGCCCCUGCUACACCUGCCAGUGCCAGGACCUGACUUGGCUCUGCAUUCAGCGGGCUUGUCCUGAGCUCAGCUGUCCCCUGUUGGAGCGUCACACCCCCUCUGGGAGCUGCUGCCCUGUGUGCCAAGAAUGUGUGGUGGACGUUGAUGGCCGGAGAGUGGCGGAUGGAGAAAGCUGGCAGGACCCCAGCAACGCCUGUAUCACUUGCACCUGCCGUCGGGGCCACGUGGAUUGCCACCUCGAGGAGUGCCAGGCCCUCUCCUGCCCCCAUGGCUGGGCGAAGGUACGGGAGGCUGGCAGGUGCUGUGAGAGAUGCCAAGCCCCCGCCCAGUCCUGCUUGCACCAGGGCCAGCAGGUGGCCUCUGGGGAGCACUGGGCCGUGGAUGCCUGCACCAGCUGUUCCUGCGUGGCGGGCACCGUGCGCUGCCACAGCCAGCGCUGCCCUCUGCUCUUCUGCAAUCCGGACGAGGCCCCGGCCCUGAAUCCCGGCAGCUGCUGCCCGCACUGUCUGCCCCGGCCCGCUUCCUGCAUGGCCUUCGGAGAUCCUCAUUACCGCACCUUCGACGGCCGCCUGCUGCACUUCCAGGGCAGCUGCAGCUAUGUGCUGGCCAAGGACUGCCGUGGAGGGAACUUCAGCGUGCACGUGACCAACGAUGACAGGGGCCGGAGUGGCGUGUCCUGGACCCAGGAGGUGGCGGUGUUGCUGGGUGACGUGACCGUGCAGCUACUGCAGGGCAGGGUGGUCACGGUGGAUGGACGCCCAGUGGCCUUGCCCUCCCUGCGGGAGCCUCUUCUGUACGCGGAGCUGCGGGGACGCACGGUGAUCCUGCAUGCCCAGUCAGGGCUCCAGGUGCUGUGGGAUGGGCAGUCCCAGGUGGAGGUGAGAGUGCCCGGCUCCUACCGGGGCCAGGUUUGUGGGCUCUGUGGCAACUUCAAUGGCUUUGCCCAGGAUGAUCUGCGCGGCCCUGAGGGGAUGCUCCUGUCCACUGAGGCUGCCUUCGGGAAUAGCUGGCAGGUCCCAGAGGGGCCCGGACCUGGUCGGCCCUGUUCCAAGGGCCGAGAAGUGGAUCCGUGCCGGGCAGCAGGGUACCGUGCCAGGCGGGAGGCCAAUGCCCGGUGUGGGGUGCUCAAGUCCUCCACGUUCAGUCGCUGCCACGCUGUGGUGCCACCGGAGCCCUUCUUCGCCGCCUGCGUGUAUGACCUCUGUGCCUGUGGCCUUGGCUCCGCGGCUGACACCUGCCUCUGUGAUGUCCUGGAAGCGUAUGCCAGCCACUGUCGCCAAGCAGGGGUGACGCCUGCCUGGCGGGGCCCCACGCUCUGUGUGGUGGGCUGCCCCCUGGACCGUGGCUUCAUGUUCGAUGAGUGUGGCCCGCCUUGUCCCCGCACCUGCUUCAACCAGCACGUGCCCCUGGGGGAGCUGGCGGCACACUGCGUGAGGCCCUGCGUGCCUGGCUGCCAGUGCCCUGCGGGCCUGGUGGAGCACGAGGCCCACUGCAUCCCACCGGAGGCCUGCCCCCAAGUCCUCCUCACUGGGGACCAGCUACCCAGCACUCUACCCAGCCCCAGCCGGGAGCCCCAGGGGCCACCCUGAGCCAAGACAACACUGACCAGGACGCAUCAGGCCAGAAGUCUUACCUCCAAGAGCAGCUGUCACCCUGCCUGGGCACUGGGGAGGGGUCCCACAGAGACCCUGGCCAUGUUGAGUCAGAAGCAGUAAAUGAGGGCCUGCCCUGAGAUUUC